AUGGCAGAACAAGUUAAUCACAACUCGAUUGAAACUCUCAUUGGCUCCAACUACUCCAAAUGGAGGGAAGAUGUGGAAAUUGCUCUAGGAUUGUUGGACUAUGAGAUAGCUAUUGAAGAAGAUGCUCCUGCAGAACCUGAUGCAGAUGCAUCUGCUGGAACAAAAGCAAAAUAUGCCAAGUGGAUUAAGGCAAACAAAAUGGCUAUUUUGAUCAUGAGGAGGUCAAUUUCACCAUCUGUCAGGGGAAGCAUUACAUCAUAUGACAAUGCCAAGAAGUUUAUUGAUUCCAUUGGGGAAAAGUUUCGGGAAUCAGAAAAGGCUGAGAUUGGAACUCUAAUGGGACAGCUUACUGAUACAAAAUACAAUGGGGAGAGAUGUGUGAGAACACACAUACUGAACAUGCUGGAAAUUGGGAACAAACUGAAGGCACUCAAAGUCAAUGUGGAUAAAACUAUGAUGGUACACUUUGCUAUAAAUUCUCUGCCUAGUACUUUCAAGCAUCUUAGAAGCACGUAUAUGGCUCAAAAGGAGAAGUGGACAGCGACUGACCUUAUAAGCAUCUGUGUGCAGGAAGAACAGAAUAUGAAGAAGGAUAAGGCUGAAGAAAAGAUUAAUAUGGUUCAGAACAGUUUCAAAAGGGAUUUUGGAAAAGGAAAAGAUUUUGGGAAGAAAAACAAAGGAGAAAAGGAAACUAAAGGUCUGAAACUAGAAGGACUCAAAUGCUAUUUCUGCAAGAAGUUUGGACAUAUGAAGAGGAAUUGUGACAGAUACAAACGCUGGCUAGAUAAACAGAAGGCUAAAGGGGUUCAAAACAAAGAGGCUGCCAAGCAAGGCUGA